AUGGCAGCGUGUCUGUUAUCUGCCGUUUGGAUCCUUUCGCUAAUUGUUUGCAGCCCACCAUGGUUUGUUCCUGGAUGGGGUCUGUUCACCGAACAUCAUCAGGAAUCUUCCGAAAACUCCACCAGUCUUGCUACUGAUGACACCUUCAUGUGUGGAUAUUCUCCCUCGGUGCCGUAUCGAAUCUACAGUGCGCUAGGAAGUUUUUACAUCCCUCUACUGGUGAUGCUGUCUGUGUAUUUCAAAAUAUUCCGUGUUGCGUCUGAACGUGAAGCUCUGAUGAGGAAGUCACUUGGUACGUGUCGGCUAAGUCAUAGGCUUGCCAAAACCCAACAUCCUAACAAUCGCAAUAAUCUCAGAACGGCUAGCGCACCAAACUCCCGGACAAGGGUUCAGUUGGCCAACACUGGACGGGUAAACUACUCAGUUCGACCGAUUGAUUAUAACAGCAGGCGACGAGAUUCUGGAACUCGUCAGGAAUCGCGUUCAACAGAAUGUGAUGAAUCGCCUAACAACAGCGUUGAGAUGUCUGCGGGUGAAACUCAAUUACUCGGAACUUCUAAUGGAUCAGAAACUGAACACCGUAAUUCCAUGGAGAGGGAAUGCUACUCGAUGGCCGAUCUGGCUAAUGGAGGCCAAGUGAGUGUAUAG